UCAGCUUUUGAGGCUGACACCGCGCCAUUUUGCUUUACGUACACGUUUUUCUAUUUUUCGAUUGUAAUUUCUUAGUUAUCAAAAAUGUCUGGUGAAGAAACAUCCGCCGAUAGGAAUGUAGAAAUAUGGAAAAUAAAAAAACUUAUCAAAAGUUUGGAAUUGGCUCGAGGAAAUGGAACUAGUAUGAUAUCUCUUAUUAUCCCUCCAAAAGAUCAAAUUUCUAGGGUAAGCAAAAUGUUGGCUGAUGAAUUUGGUACAGCCUCUAAUAUUAAGUCUCGGGUAAAUAGACUUUCAGUACUUGGUGCUAUAACUUCAGUCCAACAUCGCUUAAAGUUAUAUACAAAAGUACCACCAAAUGGAUUGGUUAUCUAUUGUGGCACAAUUGUUACCGAUGAAGGCAAGGAGAAAAAAGUUAACAUAGAUUUUGAACCUUUCAAACCAAUUAAUACCUCAUUAUAUUUGUGUGACAAUAAGUUUCACACUGAAGCUUUGACUGCACUUUUGGCCGAUGAUAAUAAAUUUGGUUUUAUUGUCAUGGAUGGUAAUGGUGCCUUGUUUGGUACUCUUCAAGGAAAUACAAGAGAGGUACUGCACAAAUUUACUGUAGACUUGCCCAAGAAGCAUGGUAGAGGAGGUCAAUCAGCUCUUCGUUUUGCCCGUCUUAGAAUGGAAAAGAGACAUAACUAUGUCAGGAAAGUAGCAGAAGUAGCCACUCAGUUGUUUAUCACAAACGACAAACCUAAUAUAGCUGGACUAAUUUUAGCUGGUAGUGCUGAUUUUAAGACUGAACUUAGUCAAUCUGAUAUGUUUGAUCCUAGACUGCAAGCAAAAGUAAUUAAAUUAGUAGACGUUUCUUAUGGGGGAGAAAAUGGUUUCAACCAGGCAAUAGAAUUAGCGGCCGAAUCAUUACAAAACGUAAAAUUCAUACAAGAAAAGAAACUAAUUGGAAGAUACUUUGAUGAAAUUAGUCAAGACACCGGAAAGUAUUGUUUUGGAGUAGAAGACACACUAAGAGGACUUGAACUCGGUGCUGUUGAGACGCUUAUUUGCUGGGAAAAUUUAGAUAUUCAGAGAUAUGUGUUGAAAAACCAUACGACUGGAUCUGAGACCAUACUCCAUUUGACUCCUGAACAAGAAAAGGACAAAUCACAUUUUACUGACAAAGAGACGGGCGUAGAAUUAGAAUUGGUGGAGUGCCAGCCUCUUCUGGAAUGGUUGGCGAACAACUAUAAGAACUUUGGUGCCACAUUAGAAAUUAUUACCGACAAAUCUCAAGAAGGCUCUCAAUUCGUUCGAGGGUUUGGUGGAAUUGGAGGUUUACUCCGAUACAAAGUAGACUUCCAGAGUUUGCAACUAGAAGAAUUGGAGAAUGGAGAAGAUUUUGAUUUAGAUGAUUAUUAAAUGUAGAGACGAAAUACGAAUUCAUAGAACUUUGAAAUGUGACUACAUAUAAACUGUGCAUAAACUCGUGAUGGCAAUAUACUAUUUAUUAAUAAAGUUGUAGGUAUUGAUGUCAUGUGCUUGGCACAAAUAAAAACUAUAAUUUGCUAUUGUCUCAAAACUGUUUACCGAUAUUUAUUUCAUUGUUAAAUUUAUGUAUAUCGCCGUUUUUUUUAUUUUUAGUUAAAAUAAUUCAAAUGCCCUUUUUUAGAUGGAUUUAUGUACAUAUAAUUCGUCUUUUUUUAUAUUUAAAUAGAACAUUGUUUUCUUUUACAGUUAGAAAUAUAUUCUAAAUAGAUGUCUAAACUUUUUUCCAAAUUUUAUGAUAUAUAAAAUUGGUAAUUUUGAUUUCUUUGGCAAUUAUGGUAUGAAAUUUUAAUUAUGUGAAAAUUUAAUUUUUUUGUAUGAUUUAUAUAAUUCAUGUAUAAUAUAAUCGCUAUUAUAUAACCGUUUGGUAUAAAAAGAAACAAUGUUAUUCACCUUGAUAUCCAAAAUAUGCUGAAUAUAAAAAAUGAUGCAUGUAAGUUUCCAACUGUUCAAAAAAGUAUAAUAAAUAAAUAUACCAAACUUUUUUUCUUAACAUGUCUAUUGAAUAUUUCUCAUAUUUUAAUAUGGAGGGCAUUAAUUCUUAAUAGGAAAAGAACUGACUCUUUAAAAUAAUCGAUUAUUUUCUGUUAUUUAAUUAAUCGAUUAUUUUAGGUUGAUCAAUUAAUCGAUUAUUUUCGAGUAAUCGAUUAUUUUGCUUACCCCUACUCCAUAUAUCUAAAUUUUUUACCAAAUAAACAUUUUGUUGGAGCAAUUUCUGUACUGUAGAGGAUCUUAUAAACACCAUUAACUACAGGUGAAUUAAACACAAGGUGUCGCAUCUAUAAAUUAUUGAUACAUUUUAAUAACUAAAAACUCAUGAACGGAAAUAUGCAGUUUUCAUAAAAAAAAUUAUUUCAAUUCUGUAUACAUUGUUGUCAUGUAAUUUUUUUCUGGAAAGUGCUGAAAUAGUUAAAAUGUGUCAAUUUAUAGAUCUUGUAUUGUGAUAUAUCAAAUAUAGACAUAAUUUUUUCAUUGGAAAAGUACAUUUGUUGUAUUUUGAAACGUCAGAAUAUUGUAUGUUUUUGUUAAGACAUUUAAAUUCCUAGUGGCCAAAUCUGGGAAAUACAGUGAAUCAAGCUACUGAAACUUCAAGAUCAAUAAUUUUAUUUGUGUUGAAGACUUGUUUUAUUCAAAAUAUGGUGAUCAAAUACAAGCAAAUUAUUCUUUUUGUAUUUUAAUUGUUCAUACUGGGAUUUUUGAGACAUUUAAUUGUCCCGUUCACUUUAAGAGGCCCGCUCAUUUUCAAUUUUGAUUUAAUCACAUAUUUCAUAUUAAACUCCAAGAGGUAAACCACUAAGAUUAAAACGUAUUUCGAGAAUCACUAAAAAUUCGUAAGAUUUUAGCAAUUUCGCUGAUAUCUAUUAAUUUUCACAAUUUCGGCGAAAUCAGUCAUGAUUCUAUUUGAUUUCAGUGAUUCCGCCGAAAAUCCAAAAAUGUUAUUCAAUUUCCACGAAAUAAUGUAAUUUCUAAUGAAUGAUCAUUAUUUUUGAACCACCACCAAGUUUUCUCAGACAAAUAUUCAAAAGACCUUUUUUGAUCAAUCUUUUUUUGCUUUUUAUUUAUAUUUUAAUUCACUACCUUCUGCGUUUAUAUGAAAAAAAUAUUUUAAAGUGAUUUCGGAAAUCUUGUGAUCAUUUCAAUUCUUUUUUCUAAAUAAUUUAUGAGUUCGAUGAUUUGUGAAAACAUACCAGUAUUUUGGGAGCGGUUCACCUCUCGUUAAACUUUUUUGUCUUGUAGUAUGCUAGAAGUAUGGAAAUUCCUAUAAAAAAUUUCAGUGACUCAUUAAUUCUUUUUUAGUUGUUUUUUACAAUUAAAUGUUUUGGCAUUAGAAUGAAAUAACGCAAGCAAUUAGAAACUAUAAUUUUUUCCUUGUAGUUCUUGGGUUUUUAGGUGUUGGUUGAGGAAUGAAACUCGUUUAUGUGGGUAAAGCUUUCGGCACUGAUCAGUGCCUUCUUCAGUAGUUUUUUUUUUAAUAUUUGUACAUUAUUAUUUUUACACAGUCAAAAUUGUUCUACAAGAAGACU